ACUCGCGAGUGUGCGUAUCUGUUGUCGGUCAUAUCUCAGAAGCUGGCACCAAGAAGCGAUAUCUUUCUGUGAUCGGGACCAUCGCCGUGACCCCCCGAUCAUCCGCUUUAGAAUCCUAGAAAUCCAACGUUCCCUGCUUGAACAUGGAUGUGCAACGUGGAGCUGGUUCGCUCAAAUCAGCUGAGAUGCCAGAGGGAAGUGGGAUGCUGAGCCUCGAUAUCGAGUUGAUCGAUGACGAUUAUUCAAUAUCGUCGUGCUCGACCAGUGAGACAGGAAUGUCGAAUUCUUUCCUGGACGAGGCCAUAACGGGUCUUUAUGACCGCUGGACGAUCAAGAUGAACGAAUGGCUCGGUCGCUGGGCCACUGACACGUCAAUGAGAAACUUCUUAUACUACAUGCAAGAAUUCCGCUUCCUGGAUAUGCAGUCCUUCCCUUCAGCCGACCCGCAAGGAUCCGGUGUCGUGGAGGAAUUCAUGAAGGGGGUACAUCAUGUCGAUGAUUUCCUCCGCAGUGCCGAGUUAGAUAUCGUGAAUGUGGACCGGCGCUUCCCAGAAGGAGUCUACCAUUUCAUCGAUGGUCAGAACUGGGUCCGCACUUUCAACGAUAUUUACACGGCUCUCCAGUAUGCACAAGAUCCGUCGAUGUUGCCGUCUCGUUUCCUCGAACUAUGGAAAUCAGCGAUCAAUACGGCUCUCUGCCUCAACCUGCCGGACGGUAUGACUCGCAAGAAAUUUGAACAGCUGAAUAAAGUGAUCUGGGCGGAUCCCAAGCUAGAGUCAAUCAACACCAUCUCAUGCGAAUCUGAUUUGAAAGAAGCCAAUGUUGAGCCACAUGGCAUCUCUCCGGAGAAGGACUCAGACUCGAAGUUCGGUAUCCUCGGUAGAGACGCAUCCUCGUGGUAAAACGAAAAUAUGAAACAACUUGAGAAUGCGACAACUUCUCGAUGCAUGCCGAAUGCGAAACGAGAAUCAUCCGAGUCAUAUCUCCGCCGUUUUUAGAGACUUUCGGAAUAGCUGCAUGGCGCUCCCCGUGUCAUCCGGGUACUUUAUAUGGGGAUCUGAUACUUUCAAUAAACCAAGUUUUAUUUU